AUGUCCAAUACCUGUAAAGUACAUCUCAUAACCAGUAGUCCUGAAUUAUCACAAAGACUUUUUGGCAGCAACAGCAGCAUUACUACAACAUCGGGAAAUACAACAACAGGCAACAAUACCAUGGUUAGCAGCAACAAUACGGCUAUGAUUUCCUUAGUACCACAACAAAAUCGUGUCCAGGCCGCGCAGCCACAGGCCAUUGAAUUCAAUGAUAAUAUAAAUAAUGUACAUUUGCCCACUGUGUUGGGUUUGAAAUUCAAAAAUAAUUUACAGCAAUGUAAUUCAGAUAAUCAAAAUAAAGGACAGCAACAACAACAGUCACAACAACAAAAUAUGUCAAUGACCAUAACAUCAUCUUCACAGGCUGGUACAACACCUUCAACAACAAAUCCCAAUUCAUUGUUGAAGCAACAAUUACGGGCUGGUCUGAAAGAUCUAAUUGAUGUUACAUUGGCCAAUGCUGGAAGCAACCACAACAACAGUAACACAAAUCAACCAAUUUCGACAACAUCCUCCAGUGAUUUGGUAUCCUCCACCCACAUGGACACCCAAGAGGCCUGUUCAGCUCUGCAAUCUUUGGCCAAUGCUGCCGAACGUCAAGCUGCCCAAAAUAGCAACAGCAUCCAACCACCAUCAGCCAAUAACUUACAUCAUCAAUUCCUAUUACAUAUGGCUGCCAAUCCCAUCAUGAAAUCCGGAGGAGACUUCUUCCAGCAGCAUCAAAACGCCUUGCUGCUGAGAGAAGAUGACAACAAUUUAGAUUUGCUUAUGGAUCAAAGUGAUAAAUCGGAUCCGGAAAUGUUAACGCUGGCCGACGAAAAUGCUGGCUUGGACUAUAGCACGGGAAAUGAGGGUGUGGGACCUGGUGGUCAAGGAGAAAAUAAUGAAAAUCUCGAUAACUCCCACUCCAACAAUUCCAUGAACCAGUCAUCCAGUGGCCAGAACAGCGGUAGUACGCCCCGUAGUAAAAACGGCAAACCAAUACAACGUCGUCGGGUACGGCGUAAGGCGCAAUCCUCAAUCGAUGAUCAAGCUGAACAGCUGACAGAAAUGUCGGUACGCGGACUGGAUCUGUUCCGUUAUGCCAGUGUAACCGAGGGCGUCUACCAGUGUACCGAAUGUGCCAAGGAAAAUAUGCAAAAGACUUUCAAGAAUAAAUACAGUUUUCAACGUCACGCCUUCCUCUAUCAUGAGGGUAAACAUCGUAAAGUAUUCCCAUGCCCGCUGUGCGGCAAAGAGUUCUCACGUCCCGAUAAAAUGAAGAAUCACAUGAAAAUGACCCAUGCCUCGUUCAUGGCCAAGGAGAUACAGAAUUUCAAUCCUUUAAAUUAUUUGAUCAGUGCUGCUGCCGCCGAUGAGCUACAAGCAAAUUUUGGAAGUAAUACUACUGGUGGUGGUGGUACGCCAACAAGCAAUACCACCUCCAGCACCACCACCACAUCACAGCCAUUGAUGAUAAGUCAAUUACAGUCUUCCAAUCCAGCCCUAAGUAUUAUGAUUAACAGCAACAAUGGUGGUGGUGACGAUAACAAAGAGGAGGAGGAAGAGUUCCUUCGAAAUUUAUCACAACAACAAGAAAAAGAGAAUUUUCAACAAGAUCAGCAACAACAACAACACAUUAAACUUUCCACCGAUAUUGAAAUAAAAAAUGAAAUUAUAAUCUCACCAUCACCCUCACCACCACCAGCCUCAUCUAUUGCCUCCUCCUCCUCAACAUUGUUACAUCAAUUACCCUCGGGUACAUCAGUUUCCUUAGCCGAAACGUCUCCUUCCCCCUCCUCCGCCUCCUUAAGUCUGCUAAAAUCUGCAGCAGCAUCCGCCGCAACAAAUGCUCAACUAAAUGCACAAAGAUUAGAAGAGGUAAAAUAA